CAUAAAUCUAAAAUCAAUCUCUGAAUAACGGUGGCCGUCUCCGUUUACCGCAUAUUUUUUUUAAAAAAAAAAAAUGAAUGCGGAGGAGCUGAGGCGGCUGUUUCAGAUAUUCGAUAAGAACAACGAUGGACAUAUAACAAUGAACGAGCUAAAUGAUUCGUUGGAGAAAAUGGGUAUAUAUAUUCCGGAUUGUGAGUUAGGCCAAAUGAUACAAAAUAUUGAUGUCAAUGGCUAUGGAUAUGUCGAUUUUGAUGAGUUUGGUGCACUUUAUAAGAUGAUUUUUAUGGAUGAUGAUGAAGAUGAAGACAUGCAAGAGGCAUUCAACGUGUUUGAUCAAAAUGGAGACGGAUUUAUCACAGUCGAUGAGUUAAAAUCAGUGUUGGGAUCCCUCGGACUCAAACAAGGGGGAAACGUUGAGGAUUGUAGGAAGAUGAUUAACAAUGUGGAUGUUGAUGGAGAUGGAAGGAUUGAUUUUAUGGAGUUUAAGAGGAUGAUGAUGAGAGGUGUUGGUUUUGCUACUUUUACUUAAAUUAUAUAUUAGUUCGAACCAUGUACAAAAUAGCUUCCAAAUAUUUAUUUUUUAAAACAAAAUCAAUAUUCUUGAUUCACUAGAUGGUAUACACGCCUAAAAUAGUGUUGAAGAAAAUUAUUUGAGGUUAUGUGUUGUGUUUUAUAAGAAAAAAACCAUCUAAAUGAAUUCAUUUUGAUAUAUUUUACUUUACAA